AUGUCGAGUGCAGCAACUCAAGAGAUCAGGCUGUCAAUUUUCAUACGAUUUUUGAACGUUCAUCAGUUUUCUGCCGCGAGCUUCUGUUUGUAUCACUGAGAAAGUCAAGUCUAGUCAAGUGAGAAGCCAGGGCGCCAGGGAGGGAGCUCUCGUGCUUGAGCAGGCUCAGGCCCCUUCCCAUACCGUUCACCGAGCCUAUUCCUCGCGCCAGCGCAGACCACCGCAAGAUUGUGCGUCCUUCAGCCGCUAGUCGACCCGCUCCGAUGAGCUGGGGAGGAGAGAAAAGUGAGUAGCCUGCUGCGCUCACAUCUCGCUGACCGGCGUCGUGCUCGGCUCGGGUGGUCUCGUGACCUUCUCGCCGGUGGUGGGGGUGCACCAAUCACCGACGCUCGACGCUGACUCGGUGUCCGUGUCUCACAGAUACCCGACAACACGCGGGCGAUUCCAGCCGAGAGCCCAACACAUCUGCAGGCGACUCAUCACCGAUGCGGCACCAUGAAUCCGAGGCCGUGCAUGACUCGGAUCGGACUGCAAACGUCGUAUCGGAACCUAUAGCGAUCGCCCCCUCGCCGACGGCACACCAUGCGCCUUUGCAAGAGAUGCACACCUCAUUCGAAUCGGUCUUGUCACUGGAAACACCGCCGAACGACGUCAUCGCAUCGUCUUCAUCGUCUUCGCUGCUCGAACUCUACGGCCGCGAGCGUUCCAUCGUCGAUGGGCCAUUGCGAGAUCUCCGACCACCGUUUGCGGUGCUGUUGUCGUCCAGUCGAUCGUCCGCAGGCACGGACGAGUUCGCUCUCUUUCCGACCUCGCCCCCUACAAUUCUUCGCCCUUCGCCUUCCUUCUCGCCAUCCUCUCCGACCAGCUCCAUCCAUCCUCCUUUUGCCCGACGAGUCGUGUCCGCUCCCCAAGUCAUCGUCGGGUCCCCGCGAUCACCCCUCGCACACUCGUUCUACGCCGCCGGCCCCGGAGCUCGGCACAAGAGCUCGGCGCAAUACCCACCUCCUCGCACCGCUGCGGCGAGUGUGAAUGCUUCGAGCACUUCUUCGACUUCGCCGCUGUUCCCUUCACCCCAAUCGAGUCGACGCCGACGAUCGUCAGCCUCGGCGCAUUCGACCUCGUUCGGCGCUUCAUCGGCCAUGAGCUGGACCAUGCCACCGGCCGUCGUGCCCCACGGCUCGUUCGUCGGCAGUUUCGAGCAGUCCCUUCUGACGGGCCGACUCAGCGCCCUGCCCUCGCUCCCACUCCCAUUCCUUGCAUCGAUCGGAGUACUCGGCCGUACCGAUGCGCCUUCGAGAUUGAGAUGCCCACCCCACCUCAAUAUCCCGUUCGAGGCGUUCUUCUACUCCGGCCCGGACGGAGCGAAGGGUUCGAGCCCCUACGUUGGCACGAUCGACCUCGAGGCUUACUACUGCUCCCUUCUCCACGCCGACAGGUCUCCUUGUGAUGAGCCAAUCUCAGCUGCAGCGGACGGCCCAAGCACCUCCAAGCCAUCCUUGCCUCGCUUCCCCGGCUACCGUGUGCCCGUGCGCGGCCAGGUCCAACUGAUCGUCAAGAAUCCCAACUCGACCGCGAUCAAGCUCUUCCUCAUCCCGUACGACCUAAGUGGUCUGGACCGUCUACGCCAAGGCGGCAAGACAUUUGUCCGACAAAAGAGCUAUGCCUUUGAAGCCUGUGAUGCCAGUACCAAGGGGCGACUACGCUACGCCAUCCAUCUACAGUUCUGCUCGCCACCGACGGCGGCCUCUUCCGCCUCCGCGAGCGGGAGCAAGUCAUCAGAUCCCCACUACUACCUCCACGGCAACGUUCGCAUCGUGUUCGCCUCUCGUGCGCUCGACCUGUCGGAGAAGCUGAGGGUCGUGGCCGAAGGUCCACACGGCGAGGGCGACUUAACCUUACUCGACUUUGCUCCUUAUGCGGGUCCUGGCGUCGAAUGGGAGAUGGCUCGGACCAAGGCCAAGCAACUCGCAAAGAUUCGCAGUGCUGCUGCCGCUCGAGCUCGUGCCGCAUCGGAGCCAGCGGGGCCCACGCCACCGACGACUGGCCUCGGAGCAUCUAUCGACGCGGAUGGCAACGGCCCCAUGGACUUGGUCGAAGACCACGAUGGCAUCUACGGCUCGCCCACUUUGAUGCCUCCGAUCGUCGAUGACCCCGAUGGACUGGCCUUCGACCUCGCCCAAUCGAGAACAGCGACUCCACCGACCGAACUCGCCUUCUUCGCACCUCACCCCAUCGCCGUCUCCCCUCCCUCUACUUCUCCUUUUGGGUUCAACAACAAGGCCAUCCCAAGUCGCGGUCCUUUGGCCAAGUCCAACCUGUCCAUCUCCUUUGUACGAGCGGCUUCACCUGCUCCAGGGGCCGAGAUCGGUCGUCCGCCCAGUGGCUUGAGUUCGUCUCGACCCGCAAGUAGGAACGCUCAUUGGGAUCGAGGGGACGUUUAA